ACCCUAAUCCAGCCCUCCCAUGAUUUCAUUUUCCCACUAAAACAGCAGCCAGCCAGCCAUCCAUCUCUCUUUCUCUGCAGAUCAAAUCCAGUAACAGACUUCAACAAUGGGUGCGUAUACAUAUGUUGGAGAGCUAUGGAGGAAGAAACAGUCAGAUGUGAUGAGAUUCAUGCAAAGAGUCAGGUGCUGGGAGUACCGUCAGCUUCCUUCCAUUGUUCGGGUCACCCAUCCCACCCGACCCGAUAAGGCUCGCCGUAUGGGCUACAAAGCCAAACAGGGUUAUGUGAUCUAUCGAGUACGUGUGAGGCGUGGUGGAAGAAAGAGGCCAGUCCCUAAAGGUAUUGUGUAUGGAAAGCCCACAAACCAGGGUGUCACUCAACUCAAGUUUCAACGCAGCAAGAGGUCUGUUGCUGAGGAGCGAGCUGGAAGGAAAUUAGGCGGUCUUAAGGUUCUUAACUCGUACUGGCUGAAUGAGGAUUCCACUUACAAGUACUUUGAGGUUAUCUUGGUGGACCCUGCACAUGCUGCUAUUCGUAAUGAUCCCAGAAUCAACUGGAUCUGCAACCCGGUGCAUAAGCACAGAGAGCUGCGAGGACUCACAUCUGCGGGUAAAAAGUACAGAGGACUCCGUGGAAAGGGACACUUGAACCACAAGCAACGUCCAUCCAGAAGGGCUACCUGGAAAAGGAACAACACUUUAUCUCUUCGUCGUUACCGUUGAUAAGUUGUCUUACCGUUGUUUGGUCUAUUAUCAACUUGCUCUUAAUUUUCUAAUCAAGUUCUGCUGUUUUGAGAAUUGAGACUAAAAAAUGUUGCAAUUAAUUUUUGAUAGUAACUUGGCUGUGGAUGAUGUUUGAGAUAUCUCAUUGCUGCAAUAUCCUAAUAUGAUGAAACUGUUCUUUUAA